AAUGGCAUCAGACUGGGUGCAUGUGGAUUUGGCUAAACUUUGAGAGGGUCUAUUAAGAAAAAGGAGGGUGGGCACCAAGGACAACUAAUGCUCUUUGCCCCAGUCCAGUAUUCUUAGUUACAAAUAAUCACAUGUAACAGGAAAGUAUUAAUCAUUUUUGCCUUGUGAAAAAUCAACCUUUGGAAGUGUCAAUAAAAUACAAAUAUGUCCUGAUUUUUGGUUUUAGAUGGCCUACAGUAACCCAUGUGCCAGGUAGCAUUCUAUGCCAGUCUUGAACAGGAAGUCACUGGACAGAAAACUCUUCCAAGAUCAUACCUGGGCUGUUGGAGUAAUUUGGAAAGGAAGAAAAAAGAGUAGAAACCAUGACAAAAGUAAAUAGAGCUCGGUCCACCUCCCCUCCGGAUGGAGGCUGGGGCUGGAUGAUAGUGGCUGGCUGUUUCCUUGUCACCAUCUGUACCCGGGCAGUAACCAGAUGUAUUUCAAUUUUCUUUGUGGAGUUCCAGACAUACUUCACUCAGGAUUAUGCACAAACAGCAUGGAUCCAUUCCAUUGUAGACUGUGUGACCAUGCUCUGCGCUCCACUUGGGAGUGUUGUCAGUAACCAUUUAUCCUGUCAAGUGGGAAUCAUGCUGGGUGGCUUGCUUGCAUCUACUGGUCUUAUCCUGGGCUCCUUUGCCACCAGUCUGAAGCAUCUCUACCUCACUCUGGGAGUUCUUACAGGUCUUGGAUUUGCACUGUGCUACUCUCCAGCAAUUGCCAUGGUUGGCAAGUAUUUCAGCAGACGGAAGGCCCUUGCUUACGGGAUCGCGAUGUCGGGGAGCGGCAUUGGAACCUUCGUCCUGGCUCCUGUGGUUCAGCUCCUCAUUGAACAGUUUUCCUGGCGGGGGGCAUUACUCAUCCUUGGGGGCUUCGUUUUGAAUCUUUGUGUUUGCGGUGCCUUGAUGCGGCCCAUUACCCUUAAAGAGGCCCAGACAGCUCCGGAGCAGAACCAUGUCUGCAGAACUCAGAAACAGGACUUGAAGCGGGCGUCUCCCUGUUCAGCUUUGACUAAAGAGUGGGUGCAGACCUGCCUCUGUUGCUCUUUGCAACAGGAAUACAGUUUCUUCCUGAUGCCGGACUUCAUUGUUUUAGCCGUCUCUGUUCUGUUCAUGGCUUACGGCUGCAGCCCUCUCUUCGUGUACUUGGUGCCUUAUGCUUUGAGUGUUGGAGUGAGUCACCAGCAAGCUGCCUUCCUUAUGUCCGUACUUGGGGUGAUUGACAUCGUUGGCAAUAUCACAUUUGGAUGGCUAACCGACAGAAGGUGUCUGAAGAAUUACCAGUAUGUUUGCUACCUCUUUGCCGUGGCACUAGAUGGGCUCUGCUAUCUCUGCCUCCCAAUGCUUCAAAGUCUCCCGCUGCUCGUGCCUUUCUCGUGCACCUUUGGCUACUUUGAUGGUGCCUAUGUGACUUUGAUCCCAGUAGUGACCGCAGAAAUAGUGGGGACCACCUCUUUGUCGUCAGCACUCGGGGUGGUGUACUUUCUUCAUGCAGUGCCGUACUUGGUGAGCCCACCCAUUGCCGGAUGGCUGGUAGACACGACUGGCAGCUACACAGCAGCAUUUCUUCUCUGCGGAUUUUCAAUGAUAUUUAGUUCUGUGUUGCUUGGCUUUGCUAGACUUGUAAAGAAGAUGAAAAAAACCCAGCUGCGGUUCCUUGCCAGAGAAUCUGAUCCCAAGCUGCAGCUAUGGACCAAUGGAUCGGUGGCUUAUUCUGUAGCAAGUGAAUUGGAUCAGAAAGAUGGGGAAUCUGUGGCUAUUGCAAUGCCUGGUUACAACCCCACAUGACCAAUGGCCUUGAGCCUGGGAACCUGCAGGGCCGAGAGAGGUGGGACCACUGGAUUGUACAUGUUUCUAAAGCAUUUUAUUUUGGCAGGAGCAUCGCCUUCCAAGUGAAUUAUUGUUGUUUUGUUAACAUAUUUAUAGGGGGAAAUAGCAAAUUAACAAAGCAAGCUAGACUGGCUCAGAGUUUCCACAUUUGGGAUUUGUACUCACAGUUGAACUCCCAUCUUUUGGGCAGUGAGCAUUACUCCAUGAGAAUGUUAGAACAUAGCUGAUAUAAUUAGCUGUAAUUAGGGGUAAUUUCAAGGCAUGACCAAAGCAGAUGACACUAGGCAGCAGCUUUGUCUCAAACUCUCUGCCCCUCCAUCUUCCUUCUUCAAUCAGAAGGUAAAGGGAAACACUGACAUGUAGGUUUGCUUACUUUAUGUUGUUUGGGGGGAGGGGUUCAGCUUAGUGGAAGGUGAAGAUGCCAAACCUUUUUCAUAGUGGAGCUUCUUAUUAGGGUUUUAAACAGGAUUGUUGAAGGAUACUUUGGAUUCUUCAAAAGACAAUGAUUAAUACAGAACUAAAGUGACUGUCUCUUCCUCCACCCCCUUUACUCCUUCAACUAGCCCUUGCCUUUGGCAAUGGGUGGGCACCACUUUGAGAAUCCAAAGAAUCAUACAAUGCCAUGGUUGGGAAUGAUCUUAAGGGUGGCUGGUAAGACCUAUUUGAAAUUUUGCACUGGAAACUGAAAGCUUUUUACCUAAGACUGCUGCCCGGGCUCUGUCAUUAUCACAUACAAUAGUUACUUUAAAUUUAGCAGAACACACCAAGUUGCAAGGGCAAUUUCUACCUGAAAUGUUAACACCAACACUUCCCAUUUUUUCCCUCUUGGAAAAAAAGCUCUUAUUUAUAAAUUGAGCUUAUCCUGUUAGGAAUGGAAAAAUAUUGGCAGUAUUCCAACUGGCCAGGAAUUGAAUUUUUGAAUCAGCAGGUCUCUGUUGAGAGUUUUCUUUUCAGAUCACAUUUAGGUUCAUCAUUAUCCAAAACAGGACUUGGGGGUUUUGCCUGAAAAAUAUUCUAGAGAUAAUCUGAAGGUGAUUCCUCUCUCCCUGCGUUACUUCCUGCUCAGUUGUCCACUACUUUUCAUCUCCUCAUGGACAAUCAUUAGAAACUUGAUGGACAUUUUCAGCUGAAUGAAAAGGUGUCAGGGGUUAACCUCAGCAUCAUAGCACUCUCAUAAACUAUGGCUUUGUUUAAGGGGAGAGGGAGGAGAUUAAGAAGGCUAGUGGUGUGAUAGUUUACAAUUUGUAGAACUCUUUCACAUACGAUUGGAUUGGAAUAGUUGACUGAUUCCCAAGUACUCUACUUUCCAGUAGUUUGGGAUAAUUUCUGAGUCUUCAGAUUGAAGAGGGAAGGCAUGGGGAGAGAAGAGACGGCCAGGUUCCCCAGUCUGCUCUAACUAUUUAAAAUACAUAGAAUGAUAAUCAUGAACCCCAAAUUAUGUUGCACCUGUAAAUAGGGGCAGGUUAUAUGAUUGAAAGUGGAUUUUAAUUAUUGAACACAUUUAAAUCUGAACCUCAUGGAAAUAUUUUGACCCAGAAGGCCAUUUAAUCCACUGUCCCCCAAGGUGCCUCACAAAUGCCCUACCGGAGGUACUGAGAGAAAAAACACAACAGUGAGGAAGAUUUUAGGCAGACUAAGCAUGUUCAGCAAGUCUUUGUCCAUAACUGGAUUAUUUCAUAAAAUUACACAUUAAUACAUUGCUUUCAGAAUGAAAUACUGACUUGAUUUGAUGGGAGAAAACUGUAAUAUUUCAUAGUUGUUUUUCAAAGAAAUUUGAAUGUUACUUGUUAUCUUUUUAGAGAAUUUAGUUUUGAAUUUU